UAAGAAGCGACCGACAACAAUUCAUCGAUCGAAAAAAUCGAUUUGUUUUUUUAAACAAAAUGUGCAAUAAAUUCACGGUAUUAUCUUUGGCAUAUUUGGCCGUUUUCGUGGCAGUUGUUAAUUGUGAUGAUGGUGCUUCACCUGUGGGACUAGUAGAUAUUCUAAGCAAAGAUGUAGACGUCGGUCGUACUUUCGGUCACAAUGCCCUCAAGCGGUUGUCCUUCAUAUUCCUCCCAGUCAUGUUCACACUGGGAGUGAUCUCAACACUCUUGAUGGCGCUAGCCGUAAUAUCUGUUAAGAACCUCGCCAUUGGAGUUGUACUGCUCAUUGUGUCUGUAAGCCAGGCGGUUACCAGAUUAUUUGCGGCCACAACAGCACCGUCACCUCUCGUGCUGCACCCUCGUGCUGAGUUCCUCCCUGCUCCAGCCGUACCUGCCCCAUGGCCCGCCAGCGGUCCUCUUCUAUCGCCCUGGGCCAGAUCCGACAACGAAGCUACUAUUCCCGAAUAAAAUAUUUGACUUCGAAAAUGCAAUAAGUUUCAGAUCACGUAAUUCAUUAGAUAUGGUUUUGAUUCAUAGCGCGUGUAUGCCUAUUUUAUAAGUUUUAUGAGUUCUGUCUAGGAAUUUAGGUCACGAAUGUUGGGUAUGUAGUUUAAUAAGCUAUUAGCAUUUGUUGUCUUUAAUUGAAAAUUUUUGAGAUUUAUAUAGAUUUUAACAUGCCUUUGUAUUUUAGUGCUGGUUAAAAUUCUACCUCAUUAUUAGAUUGAUCAGACACCAAACUUUGUAACACUAAUGAUUGAAUAUUGUAGUGUAGUGAAAAUUAUCGUUUGUGGUAAAAGUUAUUUAUUUUUAAUUUUAUUAGGAUUUAUGGAAGCGACUUCGUCUGCCUGUCGCGAACUGUUCGAUUCGUGAAAGCUAGACGACGUAUAUUUAAAUGUUAUGUAAUAAAAUGCAUUUAUGAAACAAA